GGCUGCCUCCUCUCACCCCAUGUCUGCUCUCGCUCGGGCUCUCGUGUCCCCGCUCGCUGACAGACGGGAUACCCCAUUGCACGGUCCUGGCAGGGGUUUGGCGGCUGCCCCCGGGGUAAGGCGCAGGGUCCGGGCUCAUCGGCCGACCCCAGAUGUCCGCUUCAUCUUCCAGCCGCCGCAGAAGCCGGGGGGCGGCCACAAGUUCCAGGCCGAGGCCGCCCUGACAGCCUGGUGCGACCUGUGCUGCGGCUUCAUCUUCUCCGGGGCUCGGCGCUGUGCGGAUUGUAAAUAUACAUGUCAUUCACACUGCAAGGACAAAGUACAUCUGAACUGUGAACCGAAUGGGAAAUUAAUGGAAUGUAUACCAACAUAUGAAACGCUGGACCACUCUAACAACAACAAUGAUAAGGAUGGUGAAAAGGAAAGAGAUCCACUCUCAUACCUCAGUAAGGAAGAAACCAAAGAGAAGAUCCAGCUUUAUAAUACAGCAGUGACGGACAAACUGAAAAUGACCUUGAAUUCCAAUGGGAUUUAUACGGGUUUCAUCAAAGUACAAAUGGAGCUCAGACGACCUAUCACUGUACGGACACGCACAAAUGCACAAAGCCAUGGCAAUGAAACAGCUUUCUAUAUGCCCAAGGACAACAUAAACAUUCUGCACAUCAGUAGCAGCAACACUGUGCGUGAAGUUAUCGAGGCCUUGCUUAAAAAGUUCCUGGUAGCUGACAAUCCUGCCAAGUUUGCACUUUACAAGCGCUGUCAGAAGGAGGAUCAAGUGUACAUGUGCAGGCUGUCUGACAGGGAGCAUCCUCUGUACCUUCGAUUGGUCGCUGGUCCAAGUCAUGAGGCCCUAGGCUUUGUCUUGCGGGAGCACGAAACUGGGGAUGUCAUGUGGGAAGCCUUCUCUCUACCUGAACUACAUAACUUCUUGCGUAUUUUGGACAAAGAGGAGGAAGAACAGCUACAAAGUUUAAAGAGGCGUUAUGCAUCAUACAAGGAGAAACUGGAAGAGGCCUUGAGUGGAGUGCGUAAACCUGGUUAAACAUUUGGCCUGGGAAGACUUUUCAUAUUGUCUUUUGUUACAGCAUGACUGAGCAGUGACAGAAGAUUCCCGUUCUGUUCUGCAGACGCUUCCUUUGAGGGGGAAUUGUUCCUUAGGAGAUGUCUACAUGGAGUCUGAUAAACUGGCCCUUGGAACUGGUCACUCUGGCUAUGGUUUACACAGCGCUGUCAUCUGGACUCCACAUCGCAGGUGGUGUCUGCAUUAGACAAUCCAAAACUGAAUCAUUUUUACAUGUUAUUUUUUUUUAAGUUUUUAAUUUUCAUGUAAAUUAUUAAAGCUUUAAGUCUGAAACGAUUUCUUAAGAAUGUGUUAAAGUGUCUGUAAUUGGUAUUUCUAUGAAAUAUAAAGCAAAUGUUUGUAUGUUAAUUUGCAUGUUGAAAGGAGUUCCAGGCACAUCUUGCCUGGGAAACUGGAAAACCUGAUAGUUCUGCAGAAUUAAUGAAGGUUCUUAGUGUUCCGAUGGUUAGGAGAUAAAA